GUGCUUUAGCUCUCCGCCUGUGCAGCCCGGUGGGUGAAGCUGAGGCGCAUCUCGGGCUCCGUCACCGGCGGAGCGAUACCACCAUCUCCUCUCAGCGCUGGUUUGACAAACAGAGAGUGUGUGGCGCGCUGUACCUGAGCGAACGUGUUCGUCAUAUGCUCGCAGAAAGGGGGGCAGAGGACCAAAACUGGACCAAGGGACCUGUAUCUAAUGCUCUGAAAUGCAGUGCCGUGUCAUUCUGGGGUCAAUAGUUAUCUAUCUGGGCUGGCUGCAGUGACUGCUUUGCAUCUGAUGAAGAUUUUUUUAACAUUUUUUUUUUUUACAUGUAUUUUGAUGCGCGUCUAUGGAUGAAUAUGUUUACACUGAUGCUGUGGUGUAGUGCGUGAGUCAUUACUGGCUCAGGUGAGCAGGAGCUGUUGUCAGGCCUCGUUGUCAUGCAUUCACCCUGAGCUGGGUGACGCCAUCCUCAGCGUAGCAGCGGCAGGAUGCCGGUGCAGGCGGCCCAGUGGACAGAGUUUCUGUCCUGUCCCAUCUGCUACAAUGAGUUUGACAGCAGUGGCCACCAGCCCAUCAGCCUGGGAUGCUCCCACACAGUGUGUAAGACCUGCCUACACAAACUGCACCGCAAGGCCUGUCCCUUUGAUCAGACGCCAAUCAGCACGGAUAUCGACCUGCUGCCGGUCAACUGCGCUCUGUUGCAGCUUGUCGGGGCUCAGGUCCCAGAUGUGCAGCCGGUGAGCCUGAGCAGUCCAGCCGAAGUUGAGAACUAUGAGGCGUGCAGGGUGUGUGUGGAAGAGCUGGCUCUCUACCUGAAACCGAUCAGUGGAGCAAAAGGUGUGGCGACACUGAGUCCAAGCGUGCUCAGUCGGCCGAUGCAAAGGAAGCUGGUGACGCUGGUGAACUGCCAGCUGGUGGAGGAGGAGGGACGUGUGCGUGCAGUGCGGGCAGGCCGGUCUCUGGGCGAAAGAACAGUAACUGAGCUCAUCCUGCAGCACCAAAACCCCCAGCAACUAUCUGCCAACCUCUGGGCAGCGGUCAGGGCGCGGGGCUGCCAGUUUCUGGGACCUGCUAUGCAAGAAGAUGCACUGAAGCUGGUUCUUCUGGCCCUGGAAGACGGCUCAGCUUUGUCCAGGAAGGUGUUGGUUUUGUUCGUAGUCCAGAAGCUCGAGGCUCGCUUCCCACAAGCCUCUAAAACCAGCAUAGGCCACGUGGUGCAGCUGCUCUACAGGGCCUCCUGCUUCAAGGUGACUAAACGCGACGAGGACUCCUCGCUGAUGCAGCUGAAGGAGGAGUUUCGGACGUACGAGGCUCUGAGGAGGGAACACGACGCUCAGAUCGUCCACAUCGCCAUGGAGGCAGGCUUACGUAUUUCACCUGAGCAGUGGUCGUCUCUGCUGUAUGGAGACCUGGUCCACAAAUCACAUAUGCAGUCAAUCAUUGACAAGUUGCAGUCUCCAGAGUCUUUUGCUAAAAGCGUUCAGGAGCUGACAAUCGUCCUGCAGAGGACUGGAGACCCUGCCAACCUCGCCAGCCUUAGACCGCACCUGGAGCUACUUGCUAACAUAGACCACAACCCAGAUGCACCGGCACCUUCCUGGGAGGAGCUGGAGAGUGUGAUGCUAGCCGUGAAGUUGGUGGUUCACGGACUUGUGGAAUUUAUACAAAACUUCAGCAAGAAGAGUCAUGAUACUCCACAGCCUCAGGCCAACAGCAAGUACAAGACCAGCAUGUGCCGAGACCUUCGUCAGCAGGGAGGCUGUCCCAGAGGAACUAACUGUACAUUUGCUCACACACAGGAUGAGCUGGAGAAAUUUAGACUAAGAAACAAGAAGAGCACCAGUGUCAGCCGUGCGUUCCCUCUAGCACCAGGGGUUAUGGGUAAAACCUUCACCAUGGAGGGCAGCCUGCACACUGAUGUGUCUGCAGGAGUGGGGCAGGGGCUCAAAGGCACAGGGGAGAACACAGCUGCCCUGACAGAGGGAUUGCCCAGCCUGACUCACCCUCAGCUGGUCCCCAGAGGGGCUGACGUGAUUGAGGACUUGAAGAGAGUGGUGCCAAACGGAUCCAGUGGGGCUAACGGGACCAAUGGGCUUCCAGGCACCAACAGAAACACACCUGGCUCAAAUGAACAAAAGCCAAUCUCUCCUUCCAGAACUCCAGUCAGCCACUCUUCAGCCUCGUCUCCCUUGGCAACUGUUGGACGGGGCGAUGGUGUUGCUAUGCCUAAACAUGGUCCUUUCCUUCUGCGUGCACCACAUCCUUCUCAGGCGUCAGAGCUGUACUAUCAUGAUCCCCACUCUGCAUAUGAAACCACCCAUUAUCCCCCAACAUCAUGUUCCUACUACCCAUCUACUCUUCAUCCUCCCCACAAAACUUGCAUGGCUCGCUUCCUUCGAUCCUCCAACGUCCCAGAAUCCUCCCUGCCCCCCUCGAUUGGCCCUCCACCAUCUUCCUACCCCGGCGAUCCUCAGACGCAGCACCCACCUGUCUCCUCCUCUUCAGGAUACCCACCACACCCACCUAGAGAUCGUAUGGUACCUCCAGCCUUCCAUCACCACCCAGGGCAGCCUCCUUAUGGGCCUCUGGCUCCUGCUCACGGUGUUUAUGCUCCCCUAUAUGACAGCAGGAGAGUUUGGAGACCCCAGCUGUACCACAGAGAAGAUGCCAGGAGUAACUCUCUGCCCCCAGAAGUGCUGCACUCCUCCGUAUACCAGCCUCCACUCAGGGAGAGAUUCAACUCUUUAGACAGCAACUACUGCUCUGGAGCUGAACACCGGCUACACAGGGAUUACGGCCGUGUUCCUCUGGGUUAUGAGGAUCUGUUUAGGAGGAAGCAGGAACAGUGGGCUCAUCAUCACCACCACCACCAUCACAACGCCAACAAACCCUCCCAGUCCUCCCCCAUCUUCACCAUUGAUUUUGGAACAGAGCAUGUGGAAAGCAGUGGAGGUCAAUGCGUUGGGUGCCGGUUCAGAGGCGAGGAAAGUUUAGCGCACUACUCUCCGUGGUCCUGUGGUACCAUCGGCCCCUGCCUCAGUCCCUUUGAGCCUGAAACACUCACAAACACGACGACUCACUCCUGCUCAGGGCACUCGGACUUGGACAGUAAUGCAGGUGGGGAUGUUGGUGUUACCAGUGUGGGGAAGCGAUGGCUGCAUUCUUUGGAUCACUACCGGCGCUUGAAAGAUGAGGACCCGAUCAUUCCUUUUAGUGAGGGACCGAUCAUCUCAAAGUGGGGUGCCAUAUCAAGGGCAGCUCGGACAGGCUACCACACCACCGACCCUGUCCAAGCUACAGCCUGCCAGGGUAGUGUCAGCACUACACCCAUCAACUUUAAAGAUUACAACCCGCAUUUGGAUCACAGCGACUACAGGUGGAGCUCCAGAGGCUCAGACUCUUCCAGCCACUCUAGUUUUUUAGAGAGUGAGCUUCACUGCCGUCGCACAUCAAUAAGCAGUGGCGAGAAAAUUGUGUCGGAUCUGCAAACUCAUCAAACAGUCUACAGCCAGGAUCAAGACCGAGCUGAGAGCGAAUCUGACCCGGGUCGAGACAUUGAACUGGAACUGUGUGCACUUGACAUGGAAGAUUCAGACCCGCAGGAGAUCAAGUCUCAGGAUUCUUUAGACCUGGCCACUCAACAGUCUCAGGAUGCUUCCAACCUCCUCCCACCUUCCUGCUCCUCUCCCCUCCUCUCCUCUCCCAUGGAGGAGCAGCCCCAAUCAGAGGGUCCUUCGACAGAAAAGAUGGACUCUCACCUGCUGAAAAAGAUGGCCUUCAGGAAGUCUCUGUCUCCUGGAGGGUUGGUCUCCGGAGGCCUGGGAGUCUGCAAGCUCCUGAUGCGUACUGGACCUCCUCGAUUGGGGGACACCACUGCCACAAGGGUCUGCCCUGAAACAUCUGUGACAGGGAUGCUGCUCAAUGGAAGCUAAGGGCACUCCAAGUCUGACACUGACUUGCACCAAGCAAGAGAUCACCUGCUUUUCUAUAACCAGAUCCUGGUUAAAGGGACUACAAAUUCCAGCCUUCAUACAUGUCAAUAAUAUGCCUAAAUAAAGCUUAACACAUAUAGCUCAACAGCAGCAGCGCCGCAUAGUAAAGUCCAAAAUAAAACAUAAUGUCCUGCCUUCUAAUUGGUUUUCUUAACCGCUCUUACAGCUCCACAGAGAAUCAUUUAACACUUUUAAUGCCUAUUAAGAUGUAUGACCAGUUUGCCCUUACAGUUAAUCCUGAAUAUGUUUUUGUUUUCUGUUUCAACCCCUGAUCAAAACUGAGGAAGACUUGAGGUCACAGUAUCUUCCUUACAUGUUUUAAACGACAUUUUACUCCUGAAGUUUACACACCAUGUCGUUUUUAUUUUCUUUUUUUACAUUCAACAUGGCUGACAGAGAUGAGUCUUUUUUGUACAAUACAACAUUUUCUGUCUGAUAGAGAAAACAUAUACUGUUGGAGAAUUAUCCACAGUCUUUCAAGUUUUCUUUAGAAAACUAUUUAUUCCAUGUUAUUCUGUCUUUUCACUUAUUCAUCAUGCUUCAGACAUGUAGAGCUGCUUGACAGCGAGUCGUCUUGACAUUUCCAGUCAGAUUCUGUCCUGCUCCCACUACUGAGGUUUAAUGCAAAGAACUUAUAAUUAAAAUAGCAGCGUCAUUAUUUCAUUCAUAUCAUUUGCUGUCAUUAAAUUGCUGUUUAGCUUGUUUGAAGCCACUCAGCUACUCAGAUGCACGAGUUAGAAUUGUAUUUCAGAAUUAUGAAAAUCUACCUAUUAUUGUUUACGCCUUGCUCUUUUUUUUACAUCGUAAUGCACUGAUUUUAAUUAGCAAGCUUACAUGGCAAUGCCCUUUUCAAGCUACAUGCCACUAGUUCAUCUCUCAACUUUAUGUAUGGCUGCACUGAAAAUAUUCACACAUUCAAACAACGAGACAGACAUGAUACACAGAUGAUGAAGAAACUAAAUCUGGUUUUAAUUUAAAGCCUCGGAGAAGAUUAGAGAAGAGGUCACACAUCAUCACUGUGAUUCUUUUGCAGUUCUUAUAUGGUCAUAUGGCCUUUUAUAUGUUGACCUCUAACUUCAAUUAACUGUCAUGAGAUCACAUGCACAACAAGAACACAUUUAAAUGAUCACAGAUAACCGGAGGUCAGGUGAUCAGUGAGUGGAAUGCAGGAGGAAUGUCAACAAAACAACGAUGUAUGUACACUUCUCGUCUUUAUUCACUCUCUGGUGCUUUGAACAUGUUUUCUUAGUUAACUCAUUCGGCAUCACUUAAGACUAUAAGGAUAUUAUUGAAAACAACCCAAUGUAUUUUUAGAAGGAGAUGAAGCCUAUUUAGUAGCUGUUUAGAAAAGACACGUUCACACAAAUUAAUUCUUAAAGACUUGUUCUUUGUGUGCCUGCAGUCUUUAUGGCAUUUAAUCCUGCUGACUGUGAUUGAUAAUCAGUCUCACUGCACUCUCUUUCACUCUCUCACAAACACAUAACACACAGAGUACAUGUGUGCAUGAGCUUUCAUUCACACAGACAAUAACUUUGAAAAGCUGUGGCCUUUUUCUCCAACACAACGGACUCUUUUCUCCAAUUUUAAAAGGUGUAAGCUCUCAGAAACUGAACACUGGUAAUGACAUUGUUCUAGCCCUUGGUGUUCUUUUGUGCUUUCCAGUCACCUUAAGAAAAAUGGAAACAGUAUUCAGAGGUUAUGCAUGAUGUUUGAAGCUUAAGCCUACUGAUGUUAGAACCACCACUUCUUAUGUUUCUUUAAGCUCUAUUCUGUUUCACUUUUUCAAAUGUUUUGUUUUAGGAAUUGCUAACUUCUGUGAAGUUGUGUGCCAGGGUAUUUUGUAUUUUAAUUUUACCUAACAGAGACAAAACAUAUUGUCUUGUCGUCAGAACACUGUUUUGUUUCAUGUUAUUUUGUGCAGUGUGGCUGAUUCCCAUACAGACUAACUCCUUUUUAUAGAUCUUGUCGUGUGUUUCUUCGUCUGAAUCAGUUCAAUAAAUAGCAUGAAAACAUUUGACAUUUUACACAGGAAUUAAAGUGAGGAAGACUGAAUUUGUUUACACCUGUUUUAAAUCUUAAUAGAUUUGUGUAGGAUUGAGAAAAGUGGGGCUUACUUUUCUUUGAAUCUUCAAGCUUCCACUUUAAUUUCCUCUCAGAUUUUACACUGGAUCCCAUUUUAGUGGAUGUUAGAAGUGCUGAACUUGAAAAAAAGUUUUUUUAAGGUUCCAAGUUAAAACUUAAAAAAAAACCCUUGAACAAUGAAAUAGUGGACUAGGAACCCUGCUGAGGGGUUUCCCUUACCCCCCACCCAACAUACGCUGGGAGUAACAAAACAGCACCACUUGAUGUUAAGAUAGUUUUAAAAAAAUGUCUUGCAGAGUUCAUUUCUGUGAUGAAAAGGCAAAAGCUGCUGCAGGGAUCUGGCUGCUCUAAGUCCUGAAAUUAGCUCAGCUACCCAUUUGUUUACAACUUCACUUUUGAAGUCAUGUAAGUGCCAUGUUGUGUACAGUACAGUACAGUACAAUCAACCCCUGAUAUGUCCUUAAGCUUUUCAUAUGUCUCAAUGUUCCUCUAUGAGAGAAGGGAAAGUGCUUGGUCAAGAACAAGAAGUGAGAUACAUCUGUUGCAGUUCUGCUUUGUUCCAUUAGAGGGGGCUAGAUCCUUGUCUGUCUGAAUCACUCAGGGAAGACUUCAGUUGCUCAGCUAGUUUGGCUUUUUCUACUUUAAUUUCUCUCAUAUUUUAUGGAAGUAUUUGCCUGAGUUGACAUUUUGCUAAUAGCUGGCACUUACACCCAAAGCAUUAAAGAAUUACUGCUGAUUAAAUUGUUUGCCAGUGUUGACUUUGCUGUGUUUUCUUUUGCCUCUUGUUAUCAAUAUUGGCUUUGCUAUUCCUGUUCUCAUAGGAAAGGGAUGGGUACUACUGCAUGAUAUAACAGUAUUGUGAGUACCGAGCUAAUGUCACAGUGAUACUCCUUGUGUGUCCACUGCUAUAGUGGCUAACUACUGUACACCACACUAGUCCCCAUCCCAUUGAUGCCAGCAGACACACUGCACCCUUAACCCUCUCCUCACCCUUUUCUUCCUGCAUCCUGCAUGCGAUAUAGUCCCUCUUGUGAUGGCGGAGGAGUAUUGAUGAUUCUGUAGUUGUGAUACAACACUCCAAGCGCUGUAAGAGUUCUGCACAUGCCCACUGUGUGGCCACGUCAAGUGCUGAAGUUUGCUUGCAGCGUUCUACUUGUUUGCUCUUGAAACUGAAUUAUUGUUUGAUAGAAGUUAUACUCUCAUUAUGACUAUUAUUGUUAUUACCACAUGAAUUGGUUGUCGUGGUAUUUUUCAUUCUUGGUCAAUUCUAAGUCUUUGUUUUGAAUUUGAGAAUUUACAGGAAAUGUUUUUUUAUCAGAAAAGAAAGUGUUUCAUUGUUCUUUAUUACAUGGAGAAAAAAAGGCUGUUUGUUGAUUGUGAAACAUGAUGAACUGAUGUUUUCUGACUAUUCAUGUCUGUAUUAGACAUUUUAUUUGAAAAUCUAUUGUUCGAUUGAAAUGUAAAUGAACUAUUAAGAGAUGGUACACAUCUGUCAUUGUAUACAGUCUGGCACCAUCAUUAGAUGGACUUAUAGUAUAGAUACUCAUUUAUACAACCUGUGAUAAUCAGAUCUAUAUUUCAAUGUUUCAAUCAAUGGGGCAUUUGUAUAAUGUUUCAGAAUAGGGAAAAUAAACUCCUUCAGAGACAGCAUAUGUCAAAACGUCCCCGUAAUGAAUAAUACUGUUACGUAUUCCAUUUAUUUCCUUGGAAAUAUCACAUUGUGAAAGGUUUCCCUUUUUACUUACUGUAAAGGUAAUGCAGAACAGGAGUGAAUACAACCUAUGGUGAACACUAUUGAUGUGCUUUUAAUGAUGAAUGAAACUGUUUGAAUGGUAUUUGACAUACUGAUUGAAUUUCUGUGUGUUCUCUGACUUUUCAUCUAUUGCGCUGACUUGCAGACAACGUGGCUGAACAGCAUUCUGCUUCUGUGUUGCACUGAGAGAUGCGUAAAAGUAAGAUUUCAGCACAUGAAACUGCAUGCUACAAUUAAAAAACAACAACAAUG